AUGGUAUCUGGUAGACUCAAUUGUCACAAGGCCUUUUCUAAGGGUGUCAUCCAAUUGAAGGGUCUGUCUGACAAAAAACCUAUGGGUUUUGGCUGGGGAGGGGUAUGGGGUAUGGGGUAUGGGGUAUGGGAACUUGUUGGAUGCAAAAUGCUAUGGGAUAAGAGAGGUUAUGGGUUCUCAGAGGGGAUAAGAGAGGUUAUGGGUUCUCAGAGAUACAAGGAUACAGGAAUAUGUGUAUAUGAAUUAGUACAAAACAGCCAGAAGCGUCAACAUGACAAGAAACCAGCAUCUGCAGUGACUACCCCACUGACUGCAUCUGAACCAGUGCCCAGUUUACCUUGGACCCACGCCCACUUCAUUCCCUUCCUUGCAUGUUUCCUUGCAUUGUUCUGGCACUCCUUUGGACAGGCUAAGGACAUUCCCGUUUUGUAA